GAUCUACGAAGUGCACAACGACUACCGAUUCAAAGAUGGCACCAAGAGCGAGUGGCAAGGUCGAGAAGAAGACGGGCAAAGCGCAGAAAAGCACCGUCGUUGUGGCAGCCAAGGGAGAAAAGAAAGCCCGGAAGGCCCGUCGUCGAGAGACCUACUCCACCCAUCUUUACAAGGUUCUGAAGCAGGUCCAUCCGGACACCGGAGUGUCUUCGCGGGCCAUGAGCAUCAUGAACAGCUUCGUGAACGACAUCUUCGAACGGAUCGCUGCCGAAGCGUCUCGAUUGUCCAAGUACAACCGGCGUUCAACGAUUACGUCCCGCGAGAUUCAGACAGCCGUUCGAUUGCUGCUGCCGGGUGAGCUGGCCAAGCAUGCCGUAUCCGAGGGUACCAAGGCUGUCACCAAGUACACCACCUCCAAGUAGAGAGGGCCGGUAGCACUUUCCGAGCUACAGAUUGCUGUUGUUUCCAACCGCAGUCAGGCGAUUCUGACUUUUCAAAAACAAACGGCCCUUCUAAG